AUGACUGAUUUUAUGCACUACAGGAGGAAGAUCAACAGAAAAGCCAUAGUUUUCAAAGUUGUCCCUGGAAAAUGUGAUUGCAUCCUAGAAGGUGACAAACUAAAGGGGGGUUAUGACCAUUGCUUAUUGCUUGUUCACACAGACCAGGGUCCUGGGAGAGUGUUUGCAUUUUGUUUCCCAAUGACCUGGAAACGCUUCCAGGAGGAGGGCCUCUGGGUGCUUGGGGAGCUGAGUCAACUCGUAGAGGUAGUUGCAGGCAGCCCCUGCCAUGUGAGACCUCCAGGUCUCAGAUUGAAGAGGUCCCCUCUCUCUGAAGAACUCAUCUGUGCCCCAAGGAUACUCCUUUCCCAGUCCUUUGCCAACAUCUCCUUCUUCCAGCCACCUGCUUUCCUAAUGAUUGGCAUAGGGCUGGAGGCCAUUCAUGGCUGGAUCUCCAUCCCCUUCUCCCCCAUGUACACUGCGGCCCUCACUGGAAACUACCUGAUCCUCUUGGCUGUGAGGAGGACCCCCAACCUGCACCAGCCCAUGUACUACUUCCUGUCCAUACUGGUGGUCACCGUUGUGGGCCUCACCUUGUCCACAAUGCCCACCACCCUGGCUGUGCUCUCGUUUGACCAUUAGCUCAUUGGCUUCAGUGCCUGCUUGGUCCAAAUGUUCUUCCUCCACUCUUUCUCCAUGGUGGAGUCCUCAUUGCUCCUGGCCAUGUCAUUUGACCACUUUGUGGCCAUCUCUAACCCCCUGCGCUAUGCAGCUGUCCUCACAAUCAAUGUCAUCAUCAGGAUGGGGCUGGUCAUUGUGACCCGUGCUACCUUGCAAAACUUCUGCCUUGGCAAUAAUGUCUUGUCUCACUCAUUCUUUUUCCAUCCUGAUGUGAUGAGAAGAGCCUGUGCUGACAUCACCAUAAACAUCCUCUAUGGGUUCUAUGUGGUACUGUCCCCAGGGGGCAUAGAUUCUCUGCUCAUUGUCCUGUCCUACACUCUCAUCCUGCCCACGAUCCUGGGGCUGGCCACUCCCAGGGAGCAUCGGGCCCUCAACACCUGUGUCUCCCAUAUCCUGGCUGUCUGUGUCUUCUUUAUUCCAGGUAUCACCAUGUCCAUGAUCCACCAUUUUGGGAGGCACCUUCUCCCCAUUGUACAUGCCUUUGUUGCCUAUGUGUACCUGCUGGUGCCCCCUGUGCUCAACCCCAUCAUCUACAGUGUCAAGUCCAAGUCCAUCAGGGAGGCCAUGCUCAGGGUCCUGAGGGGGAAAUGUCAGAGUUGA